AAAAUAUGAUAUUUGGGUCAAAUCAGAUUAAAUUCAAAUUGUUCAAGUUCGAGGAGUCGAAUUGACUUCCGUUUUCUCCCAAUAAAUUCUAGUUGGGUUAUUGAGUCGGGUCACAAAAUUGCCAACCCUCAUUCUAGUCUAUCCAAAAAUAGAGAAUUACACCAAAAUCUUAGGUGUCCUUGAAACCAAAAAUCAAUCUAUGAAUCCCACGUGUACAUAUGCUGGGCCCUACCCUAAUCCCACAAAUAGCAGUUAUUCUUAAGCCUUAGCCUACACAAAAUCAUCAUUUCAUUUCACACUUGAUCAUGCUCUUCUUCUCGUACCUUCCAUCUGUCUCGCCGUUACAUUUCCACACUUUUUUCCUCAACAAAUAAAAUAUUACUUUCUUCUUUCAUUUUAUCUUUUUAUUUUUUUAAUAUAUUUUUUAUUUUUUAUUUGUCAUUUUCAUUUUAUAUUUUACUGAAAAUUUCUUCACUUCUUUCUUCCUCAAAAUUCUCGACCGCGAAAUCAGCUUUUUCGUUUGCCGCUCAAACUUACCUUCUUCUUCAAAUCAAAUCCUAAAACCCUAAAUUUUUCUCUCUCUCUUUUUCCCCCUUUUUCUGGAAAUUAAAAAUCUCAGGUCGAUUUUGUUUUUUAUUUCGUUUGUGGGAAUUUUGAAUUUUUCAUAACUGAAUCUCCGAAAGAUCUGUUACUAAAUUCAAAAAUUAGUAACAGUUUUAUCAUGCAGAUUUAAAUCUACAACAUCUGAAAAGGUUGUUUUGAAUUUACAAUUCGUUUUGAUUAAUUAAUUUAGGAUUGUUCGACGGGAGAUUGUUAUACAAGUUUUCUUGGAAUGGUUUCGUUCUUGCAUUGAUAUUGGAAUUUCAACUUGGAUGGUGUUGUUAUUGAAUUGGGAAUUUUCUUAUACAGAUAGGUGUUGCAAUUGUUGGUCACAUCAUAGUAGAACAAUAUGGGAGAAAGGGAAAUUUGUGUAUUGCUAGCAUUACCCUGUUACAAUGCCGAAAACCCGAAGAAAGUCGGAAAUGAAUUGAAGAGGGAACUGGGUUGUGUUGUUAAUGAAGCUGAGUUAGGAGCUUUACCUAGAAAGAAACAUGCUAAAGAAGAAGCAUUAAAUACGAAUUGUGAUGAUAUAACAUCGGAAGUCUUGGACCCAAUUCGGCCAAUUGUUUCGUCGAAAUUCGAAAUUGAUGAUGGAAAUGAGAUUGAGAAUGUAUCUAGUUUGGAGACUACUACUUGCAGUCUUCCUGUUGAAUUAGGUGGCAGUAGAAAUAAUAAUAAUAUAGUUAAUCCUGAUGAAAUAACAUCCGAGAAUUCGGGGAACUCUUGCGCAGUGAGCUGUAGUGAUGAGGUGACUAGAGUUCGUGGUUGCACCGGAGUCUCUAGUUCUCAAGUUACUCUGGAAAUUCCUGAGCAUGCUAGCACUACCGGGAUUCGAAAGAUUACUCUGAAGUUUAGUAUGAGUAAAAAGGAACAUGAAAACAAAUUACUUCCCUUGACACCUCGGGUUUUGUCUAAUGGACUCCAUGAUGGAGAUUCAAUUAUUGAUUCAAAUGACGAGGUUGGAUUGGAUGAUUCAACUUAUCGCUUUCCAUAUAAUAUGGAGUUGAAGAUGUCGAAGAAGGUUAUCCCUGAUAGCUACCCCACAAAUGUAAAAAAGCUGCUGUCCACUGGUAUAUUGGAAGGAGCAAGAGUGAAGUAUAUUUCCACCUCUGGGGCGAAGGAGAUACUUGGGGAAAUCCGAGGUUGUGGAUACCUAUGUGGUUGUUCAGUGUGCAACUUUACCAAUGUGAGCUACUUGCACUAUAUGGUCCUUAGUGCAUAUGAAUUCGAGCAGCAUGCUGGAGGGGCGAAAACUAGGCAUCCAAACAAUCACAUUUUUUUGGAGAAUGGGAGGCCAAUUUACAGCAUUAUUGAAGAGUUGAAGACUGCCCCACUUGGGAUGCUUGAGGAAGUGGUGACUGAUAUGGCUGGUUCAUCUGUCAAUCAAGCUUGGAAAGUAAAUCUACAACCGUGCAAUCAGUUGGUUUCGACAGAAAGGAAGUAUAAAAAAUCUGCAAGCUUUCCUCUGUCACAUCCAAGGUCAAAUGAUUCUACCUCUUUUGUCACUGGAUCACAUAAGAGAAGUUUUGAAGGUGGUGUCAAGAAGAGGGACAAUGAUCUGCACCGGUUGCUCUUCCUGCCAAAUGGGCUUCCAGAUGGUGCUUAUUUGGCAUACUAUGCUAAAGGACAGAAAAUUCUUGAUGGUUACAAGCAAGGUAAUGGUAUUGUCUGCGGUCAUUGCGAAUAUGAGAUUAGCCCUUCGCAGUUUGAAGCUCAUGCAGGAUGGGCAGCCAGAAGACAACCCUAUCGUAACAUAUAUACUGCCAAUGGGCUUACUCUCCAUGACAUAGCCAUGUCACUAGCUAAUGGACAGAAAUUGACCACUGGAAACAAUGAUGACAUGUGUACACUAUGUGGAGAUAGAGGAGAGCUUAUUCCUUGUGGCGGCUGCCCUAGAGCUUACCACCCAACCUGUCUGCAUUUGCAGAGUGCCCCUACAGAUGAUUGGCGCUGCCCUGAUUGUAAUGAUAGAAAAGCUGAUGUAGCCUCUUCAAGUAGUACUAAGCCAAUUAUCAUCAGGUUGACGCGUGUUGUAAAGAACUCUGAAACUCUUAGUGGCGGUUGUAUUCUCUGCAGGGCAGAUGAUUUCAGUGUUGACAACUUUGAUGAUAGAACUGUUAUAAUUUGUGACCAAUGUGAAAAGGAAUAUCAUGUUGGUUGCUUGAGGGGUGAUGGGCGUUGUGAUCUGAAAGAACUUCCUAAGGACAAAUGGUUCUGCUGCAAUGAUUGUGAUAAGAUUUACGCUGCUUUAAGGGAUCUUGUUGUAAGAGGGUCAGGCUUGAUUCCAUCUUUAGAGUUGAUCAAAAUCAAUAGGAAGCUUUUGGAGAAAGGAUUGAGUGAGGUCGCUAAUAAUGAUAUUCAAUGGCGCAUAUUGAGUGGGAAAUGUCGCCGUCCUGAACAUCUGCCUUCGCUUUCUACGGCUGUUUCUAUAUUUCGAGAGUGCUUCAGUCCUAUAACUGCAAAGACUGGGCGUGAUCUAAUUCCUGUAAUGGUUCAUGGGAGAAAUAUUUCUGGCCAGGAAUUUGGAGGAAUGUAUUGUGUACUUUUGAUGGUUAAGUCUGUUGUUGUGUCAGCUGGUCUUCUUAGAAUAUUUGGUCGUGAAGUGGCUGAGCUUCCCCUUGUGGCCACAAGCAAGGAAUAUCAAGGAAAAGGUUACUUUCUUGCAUUAUUCUCUCGGAUAGAGAAGUUGCUUUGUGCUCUGGAGGUGAAAAACUUAGUACUCCCCGCUGCUGAUAAAGCCAAAUUUAUGUGGGUAAAUAAACUUGGUUUCAGAGAUGUUAGCCAGGAAAGAUUGUCUCUGUAUACCAGUGAUUUUCAGUUGACAGAAUUCAGUGGAACAGUUAUGCUGGAGAAAAAUGUAGAGGGAGUUAUGCAUGAAUCUGGGGUUUCUUCCGGAUUAUUGAAGCUGUCAUAAGUAGCUGGCCUUCAACGAAUCUUUGCCUCACUGGUGAAAAGGGAAAGAUAGAAAUGGGAAGGAAAUUUUUAGAUUUAGAAAAUACUUGGUCUUCUUUUAGUGGGACUUUUAUAGGUUUUGUUUUCUUUUACUUCAAAUUUUCAUGCUACAGAGUUUUUUCUAGAAGACCUGGGCUGCCUUUGCAACUUAGAAAAUAGUAAAAAGAAAGAGAUUUUGAGUGUAUACAUGUUAGUAGUGGAAUUGUUGAUGUGCUUUAUCACUCUUAUAAUAAAUCUCCUAUAGUGGUCAUAAGAAGCAAAAGUGUUUCAUUGUAAAUAAGCUUGUUGAUAACAGUUUUUGUUAGACAAGCAAACUCUGUAACAAAAUGUCUAAUGCAAUAUUUAUUGCUCAUAAAAGAAUUUUUACGAA